AUGAAGCUUUCCAUGACUUUUGCACUGGGCGCAACCGCUGCCACCGGGGCGUUGGCGGCCGUGCUACCGCAGCAGGAACCAUUGACAACUCCCCAGGAUCCCCCUGCUCAUCAUCACCAAGAAAAGUUCUUGAUUGAACUGGCUCCUUAUCAAACAAGAUGGGUAACUGAGGAAGAAAAAUGGGCUCUGAAACUGGAUGGUGUCAACUUCAUCGAUAUCACUGAAGAACGGAACACCGGGUUCUACCCAACUUUGCACGCCGGCAGUUACGUUCACUAUCCGCCGACGAUGGAGCAUGCGGAUGCGGUGACCGGCCUUCUACAGGGCCUGUCCAAGGAUAAUAUGGAACAAAAUCUCGAAAAGUUUACCUCAUUUCAUACCCGCUACUACAGAUCGGCGACCGGUGUUGAGUCUGCGACGUGGCUAUACAACAGAGUUUCAGAUGUAAUCGAACAGUCGGGCGCAGCGAAGCACGGCGCGACAGUCGAGCAGUUUGCUCACCCUUGGGGCCAGUUCAGCAUCAUUGCUCGAGUUCCUGGUCAGACUAAUAAAACGGUCGUUCUGGGUGCUCAUCAAGACAGCAUCAACUUGUUCCUUCCCUCUAUCCUGGCGGCGCCUGGGGCGGACGAUGACGGAAGUGGAACUGUUACUAUCCUCGAAGCUUUGCGUGGUCUGCUGCAGUCAGACGCCAUUGCUCGGGGAGAGGCUCCAAACACAGUCGAGUUCCACUGGUAUUCAGCGGAGGAAGGUGGCAUGUUGGGCUCACAGGCUAUCUUCUCUCAGUACAAGCGGGACCGGCGAGAUGUCAAGGCAAUGCUGCAACAGGACAUGACGGGCUAUACGCAGGGAGCUCUAGAGGCUGGCCGUCAGGAAGCCAUCGGGAUCAUGGUCGACUACGUUGACCAGGGUUUAACGCAAUUCCUCAAAGACGUCACGAACACAUACUGCGGUAUUGGUUAUAUUGAAACCAGAUGCGGCUACGCCUGCUCCGAUCACACGUCGGCCAGUAAAUACGGAUAUCCAGCAGCCAUGGCAACCGAGUCCGAAAUGGAGACCAGCAACAAGAAGAUUCACACGACGGAUGACCGCGUCAAGUAUCUAAGCUUCGAUCAUAUGCUGGAGCAUGCGAAAAGACCCCACAAUCAGACCUUGGAUCCGAUAAUAAUCGUUCAAUCUCUUAUCGAGUGGUACGGUACACAUCUGGCUACCAUGGAAGCUACCGAUCCCUACGCCAAGGAGCUUCAGAUCGCCUGUCUGACAGUCCAGAGAGCUACGCUUUUGACGAAAAAGCUCCUGGAAGCUGUCGACAAGGGUUCUUUCGACAAGAAUGACGAUACCCCGGUGACCAUUGCCGAUUUUGCUGCUCAGGCAUUGAUUAUUGCUGCUAUCCAUCGUGCUUUCCCUGAUGAUGUUUUCGUGGGCGAGGAGAGUUCCGAUGCGCUAAGAGCCGAUCCUGCUCUUCUGGAGCGGACGUGGGAGCUGGUCUCCUCGACUCGUCUUUCGGAUGAGGAGAGUGAGGCGCUGCUCUAUGCUCCUAGCAGUAAGGAGGAAAUGCUUGACUUGAUCGAUCUCGGAGCGCAGGGAAGCUGUAGUAAGCAGACUCGUGCCUGGGUUCUGGAUCCGGUUGAUGGUACGGCUACCUUUAUACACGGGCAGCAGUACGCUGUUUGUCUGUCUUUGGUAGAGAACGGAUUCCAGAAGGUCGGCGUGUUGGGCUGUCCGAACAUGAACCUGGAGACGGGCCGUCUACACGAAGAAAUUGUCGAUCGGGAUGGGUAUGGGCACCAGGUGUUCGCCGUUGCUGGACAAGGCGCAUUCAUUCGGAAGAUGGGAACCGGGGCUCUUCUUCCAUUGAGCAAGAUUGAGCCCAAGGCUCAGAUUACAGACGCUCAGGAUAUUGACUUUGUGGAUUGUUUGAAAGCGACAUCGUCCAACACGGAUAUGCAUGCCCGCCUUGCAGCUCACCUUGGCGCACCGUGGCCAGCCUCGACAGACCUCUGGGCCGCGCAGCUGCGGUACAUUGCCAUCGCGGUGGGAGGCUGUAAUGUCAUGAUUAAGAUUCCGCGGAAAGCUUCCUAUCGCUCGAAGAUAUGGGAUCACUCGGGCGGCAUGUUGAUUGCUGAGGAACUCGGUUGUACUGUUAGCGACUUGGCGGGUAAUCCAGUCGACUGCAGCCUGGGAAGAAGUUUGGCGGAGUGCUACGGAAUGAUUGUUGCGCCUUCGUCCAUCCACGGCAAGCUCGUGGAGGCUGUGAAACAGAUCAUGUAG